CCGCUCCGCGUGGCUCGGGUCACAAAUAAAUGCAUUGCACCACAGACGUCUCGACGUCAGCGUGACGUCACCAGCCCAGACGCCUUUGAUUACCUUGGGUCAGACCGCUGGUAAGCUGGAAAUUCCGCGAACGAAAAUCAUACGACUGCGUUACCCGUUACCGUUGUGCUUUUGUUGUCGAAAAUAAAAGUGUUCGGUACAUCUGCAGUUUGCGUAAUAGCGUGUGUCAUGCAGCCGUAUGUGCAAAAUGAACGUAAAAGCCGGUAAAACGAGGGAGGAUAAACUAAUGGCAGUGUUAACGUCGGCGUUCUUCGAAGAGCUGUUUGCUGCUCACGACGCUAAAAUAAUUGCUUAGUGUAUAUCGUCGGUUACAUUCUCGUUAAUUACCCACGCAUACCAACCGCGUUGUGGAUUCCGUGAACGAGGACUUUUAGUUGCGCACCAUUCGACCAGCAGAUAUGUAGGUCACCUAACGAAGGGAGGGAGUUCGAACAACGACAAAGCGAAAUAGUCUCCCAAGUUGGUUUCAUCGUCUGCACAGCUAAGUCGGAGUCGCGAGAGCUUACGCGCUAUACAUACAGGGCCCAAAUGACUGGGCUGUCGCAUGGUACGGACAUCGGAAAGUGUUGUGUGUUUUUAUUCAGGUGUGUUUGAUGGAACAAAUCGCCCACCGGGAGGAAACCCUGAACCCGGGAAUUCAGAGGUUAGUGAAGAGGUUUCAAACGUCUGCGCUUCGCAGUCUACACGGGCCGCCCAGCAGUGAAAUAAACCUGCCUUCCAGCACCACUUCUCCCAAUGACUUGGCAGUAGGCAUGAGCGUCGAACAGUACCGCAAGGUGAUCGCCAACGCCAAGAAAUGCGUCCCCACUCACAAAGGGAUGGAGUAUGACCCGUUUCUGGCCCCACCCCCGUUCCCCAUCCAGCAGAUGCCGGUUUUCACCCCCGUGGACACAUCGCGUAGCGAUCGGUCGGACACGGUUUUGGAAGGAGAAACCAUUUCGUGUUUUUUGGUAGGGGGUGAGCGGCGCUUGUGCCUGCCCCAGAUUUUGAACACGGUUCUAAGGGAUUUUACUCUCCAACAGAUAAAUGCUGUCUGCGACGAACUGCACAUUUUUUGUUCUCGAUGCAGUCCCGGACAGUUGGAUACACUGAAAAUAACAGGGAUAUUACCGUUGAUCGCACCGAGCUGCGGUCUCGUCACAAAGACGGACGCCGAACGACUGUGUAACGCUCUCCUACACAGCAAUGAGGACCCGUACAUGGACCCCCCUACCCCCGACAGUUUCAAAGUGUACCACGAGUGCUUCGGAAAAUGUAAAGGAAUAUUCAACCCAGGAUUGUACCGGACCCCGGACUCGAGGUGUAUCCAGUGUGUUCAUUGCCACCGAUUGUUCAGCCCUCCGAAAUUCGUGCGUCACUCGCACAGGGCCCUCGAGAACCGGACCUGUCACUGGGGGUUCGAUUCCGCCAACUGGAGAUCGUACCUGCUGCUAACGAAAGACCAGGAUUGUAAGGAGGAACUGAGACGAAUGAAGGCCAGGUUCGACUCUGGCAACAAGUACAAACGAAAACAGAGUCCGGAACCAGAAGGGUGCGACGAGAAGAGGCUGAAAAACGACUGCACGCCGUCACCCCCCGACAUACCAUGGCGGGAUCUGCCCCUGAUUUCCAUGUCUGCUUUCAGACCCUGGUCGCCGAGCGUUCUCACUGCCAUAAAAGAGGGGAAGAUCAUGCCGCCGGCGAUUGUCAGAGAUGGCGUGCCUGGAAUUCUGCCGUCAUACUUGCACAAAGGGCCUCCUGUUUUACUCAAUCCUGAGCGAGUGAUUCCAUACUCAGAGUCUGAAAGAUACGAGCGUCAUUUCACUCCGAACGUGUCUCUUGCCCCGCCUGAACACAAGAAGGAAGACAAAUCUGACGUCGAUGACGACGAUCUCCCUGUCAGUGCGUCGACGUCGGUGAAGAAACAGAGCGACGCUGGCGAGACGAUGACAUCCCCACGCACCAGCAAGGAAUACCGGGAGUACGACCUGCCCACCGACACUGACGACUCAUCCGUGUGUCAGUCGUCGCCUUCCGACGCAGAAGAAGCCAGGUUUGCGGAGUCGCCUUUCCCUGAGAGCUCUCUAGAGCUGGAGUUACUGAUGAUCCGGCGCGCACUGGACGGGAAGGUCCCCAACACGAAGGAAGCGAAAGAUGGCUUUCUACACGAGUUCUCAAAACAGAGGACGAGACAAGAGGAACUUCUCAACUCUCUCAUCCAGACGAGGAUCGCCCUCAAACAGGAAUUGGCCACACAGAAGGCGAAAGUUCGAGAACAAUGUCAGACGCUACAGAAGGACUUGGAAAGAUUACGCAUUGAAAACGAACAGCUGAGAAGAAAGGAAGAAAUAGAGGUUGCUAAGAAUCAAGGAUUACAGUCACACAUACAGCACACGGAGAGAAUUGGCCAGGUGAUGUCGCACGAAAACGCCAUUCUCCGCAGGGAGCUGCAGAAGCGAGGGGUCGACCCUACGGACCUGCUGUCGGGCAGCUACAGCCACUGCAACGGAAACUCGUCAUCGGAAUUCAACCCACAGAAUCUGUCUCCAAACCGGUCGAGUGAAGAAUUCAAGAACGAAUCAUCGUCACACCACCGGUUGCCACACAAGAAAUUAAGCGACGAAUACAAGAAAAACGAUUCCUCAUCACCCCCCUGCCGCAUGCCUCCGAAAAAGCUGAGUGACGAAUUUAAAAACGAAUCUUCGCCCCCGUGCCGCAUGCCUCCCAGAAAGAUGAUCGACGAGUUUAAGACUGAUUCGCCUCCUUGUCGCCUGCCUCCGAAAAAGGAGAGAGAGAAAAUUGUGGUGUAAAUAUCUAUAUCUAUAUAUUGUUGAAUGUUUUUUUGUUUUUUUUGUUUUUUUGUUUAGAAGGCUGUGAUGGACAAUUUCUUGCCCACCAGAUAAGAUCAUGAUUAAUUACCGGUGAGAGACGAAGCUGUCUCGUCAUGGGUGGGGGACACAUCAUGGAAGGGGGGGGGGGUGUGUGUGGGGGGACAAGCCAGUAAGGUGCCAUAUUUUUUUCGGUUUAUACAGUUUGGAUUGAAAACAUUUUAUUGCAUAAGGAUUGGGCAGAAGUUUGACAACUUACUCAGGGGUGGGAAUUCUCCUCGGAUCAGCUGUUUUCCUCUCAUGAAACAUUGCGUUUCCUAGCAUUUUGAUCGUCCUUUCCUCCAAAAUGUGUCAGAUGGCACAGAUUUUAACCUAGGAUUUCAAGAAUUUCCGGAACCCCUCUAGAUUUCCUCUUUUUAACAGUUCACCAAUUCCCACCCCUGGUUACUAGGCCCUAUCCUAGCAGUGUAUACAGUUCUCAAAGCGAUAUUGAGUGAGGAAACCUGCUGUCCCUACUUCAUGGGCUACUGUUUUCGAUUAGCAGCAAGGGAUCUUUUACAUGCACCAUCCCAUAGACAGGAUGGCACAUACCACGGCCUUUGAUAUACCAGUCGUGUAGUUGGGAGUAAUGACCUACUUUUGGAAACCAACUAUAGAUGGCUAGUUGAAUUUGUUGAGAGUGCUGUGUACUGAAGUGUUGUCUGUGCAUAAAAUCCACAUGUACAUGUACAUGUACAUCACUGAUAUCAGAACACCACUUAUGCCAGCCUACUGGAUGCAGAAAUAUUGGCUGUAGAUAAAAGUUUGACUGCAGAUAAUGUCUUUGAUAAACAGUGACACCUGCUGUCAGAGUUAAUAUAUUAUGACGUUUAAUGUCAAGGUCACUUGUGUACAUGUGUCUCAUAGACCUACAUGCGGUACAUCACUCGGAUAACGUUUUGGCUCCAGAUAAUGUUUUCGAUACAAGAAAAUGUUUUGCUGAGUAGAUUUAUUAUUGUACUUAUUUUAAGGCCAUUGUUAGAACAACAAAUUGUUAAAUUGACCUAACCAGCAUAUUUUAGUCCAGGCCUGGUGCUUGUAAAACUUUUAAAGUCUAGACUCGAUACUCUAAUAGAGUCUGAGACACUAAUGUCAUGACAACGCCAUACAAAUUGUAUGUGUGUGACGUCAUUAAAGACUGAGUCUGGACUUGAAAAGCUUUAUAAGCAUGGGCCCUGGUCAGUAUUAAAAUUUAUUUUUAUUAGGUUUUGUUUUUUAAAUAUCACAAUGAGAAAAAGAUCAGACAAUAGUUUUAUUUUAUUUUUAAAUAUAUUGGGGGAAAUUAAGAAAACGCACCCCAACAUAUUGGUGAAGAGUCAAUGAGAGAAUUGUUUUAAAGGGACACACCCUAGUUUCAACUAACACUAAGUUUCAGUUAAUCUACAAACCUGUAACAUAUUUGGAUAAAGUUACAAUUGAGUGAAACAUGAGUCUGUGACUUUGAAAUG